AUGGUCGCCCCAGAGCCGCUGCCCUUCUUCUUGUUGCUGUACAUUUUCGUUGCUACCGUACCCUUGACCGUCGGCCAAUUGCGAAACGAAACGACGGUAUUCUGCGAUCUCCAAAUUCCGGUGGGACCGAGCAGCAGUUGCCAGAUGCCAACGCCAGCCUGGCCGUAUCCGGGCUUCCACGUCUUCUACUCACGGCUCUUGAAUGGCACGAUGUAUACAUAUUCAUGCGGUAUCAUGGGCGUGAUGUGCGUGACUUUGAAUGGACCGACUUUUUCCGCAAAUGACACACAGCCAACACUGGCAUCCACCCCGCACCCAGAUGUGAUGGCUUUUUGGAAGGCGAACCUUGCCAUGGCGCCGGUGAACAAUUGUGGCGGUCAGGCGUUUUUCCCGCCGACAACUACGUCAAGUACUACUACAACCACGACUAGAACGACUAGAAGCACUACGACGCUUCGACCCGCCUCCUGGCCAAUCCCAACCCCGAAGCGAUCCUCCGGCGAGGAAAUUCCCGGGAAGAACGACCUGUCGAAGACGUCCGCCCCCACGCCACCACCAUUUUUGCUGUGUGCGUCUCUGCUCUCUCUCGUCUUCGAUCGCCUCCUUCAUCAAACGAUU